GGGUGAACUCGAUUUCGACCUGGCCGGAUCUGCAUAUGCAGCUUGACCUGAUGUGAUCUCUCCGUUUUUUUUUUUUUUUUUUUUUCCUGGUCUGGCUCUGUUACCUCUAUCAGGACGACUUGGGAGAUGUGCUUCAUUGGCUCAGGCAAGGGAUUGGACUUCUCCUCGGCAUCAUCUGGGGCGCUGUUCCGGUCGUCUCUUGGAUGUUGGUCUACAGUGUAUGCCAUUUUUGAAGAGUUGGCAGUUCACAAGUUGGAUGGGCUUCCCUUGGACAGAGACUGGAAUUGGAUCGUGUCAUCGCUGGCCAAUUUCUGUUGUUGUGGAGGUGGUGAGUAGAUGUCGUGCGCAACAGCAGAAGCGGAAGGAGUAGGAGUAGGAGAAGGAGAAGGAGAAGGAGAAGGAGAAGGACAAAUUGAAGGAGAAGGCCUUUCUGCCUCCCUCUCUCAUACCUGUGUUUGUUUUCUUUAUUGGUGUUUGUUGUUCAAGGAGUUGAAUUGGGGUUUGAGCCCCAUUGAGAUAGUUGCGGGGGUGGGUGGUUUUCCCUGAUGGGAAAAGAAAGGAAAAUGAAGUAAAGGAGCAUUCUCUCUCUCUUCUUCGCUUUGCCUUGCUUGGGGAUAGAGGGAGAGUCUUUAGGAGGUGGCGGGGGUGGCGUCGCCGAAUGUUGCCGUGCUUUUGCAUGUCCCUUUGUUCAUCCUCUUGGAUGAAAAGACUGCCAAGAUGAUCUGUUCAUCCUCUUGGAUGAAAAGACUGCCAAGAUGAUCCUCGACAGUACGACAUAAUUUUUUUUUUUUCUUCUUCUUCUUCUUCUGCUUUUGCAUCCUUUUCGAUUGCCCCUGCGGGCGCAAAAGGCGAUCUUGGGCGAUGUAGCGCGUACUCACACUCGCUCUAAUUUUUAAACGUAUCUGUCUGACCUCAUUUAUGGUGCGGCCUGGAUGCAUCUGGCCACAAUUCCGUUCAGAAAUAAAUCAAAAAGUCCUAGUGUGAGUACGCCCUUAGGACACGCAGACAGUUUUUUUUUUUUUUUUUUUUUAACUAUUUCACUAUUUUAGUAUUUUCUCUUUGUUGGUCUGCCAAGUGAGUGUUUUAGUAUUUUCUCUUUGAUAGUCUGGGUGCAAAAUGGACGUAGAAGUGUCAUACUUCCGCCCGUUGAGUUUUUUUUUUUUUUUUUUUUGAAGUUCCGACUCCGGACGCGUUAACCAAAUCGCUGCCUGUCGACUCACACAAGCCAGCUGGGCAUCGCUGAUUGGACGAGAGACAGCUGCACCUUGGACUUCAGACACUUAUGUCAUUCGGAAAGUCGUCGACUCUUGGCAGGUAGAUGUCAGUGGACUGUAAAAGGGCAAAAUUUUUGUGAUGUUUCCAUCCCUCCCCCCCCCCUGGCCGAGACUUGGACCUUGGAUUUAUGCGCAACCAUAAUUUGUUUGCCUUUUUAAAGGUUCACGAGUUUUUUUGCAGCUAGUUACCUUCCGUUUGUUUUCGUUCGUACUAAUUCGUACGGAUUUUUUCAGUUCUUCUUCUCUCCCAUUCCGUCUCCCUCCUCGGUCUUCCUUCCUGCUUGCCUGAUCUUCCUGUUACGCUAUGGUGGCUUGGUGUCAGGGUGAACGCUGAUGUCACACAGUCUUGUCGUGAGAGUUGUUUGAGUACAAUUAUAAUUUGUUAUUGAAAAUCAAUGGAAACAGAAAAG